GAUAGUGGGAUUAGUGUAUGGACUAUGGAGCCCACACGAACCAAUGAGAGGGUGAAUGUCGACAUAAUGAAUAUCCCCAAAAAACAAAGAGAAAAUUAUUCUCCAAUAACUUUUUAGGGAAAAAGAAUUUAAUUAUCCAUCAACCAGUGCGGUACCCUCAUAUAAAACUCAUUUUUUCUCAGGUCACACAAACAAUCCUCUGCAAAAAUAUCACCAUUUCUCCUUCUUUUGCUUAGCGUUAAUUUUUGUAAAUCCGGCGGGGGAAGCCGUUGUUUCUCUCAGUAAAAGGCUCAUGGCAUCCAAGAGGAUCUUGAAGGAGCUCAAGGAUCUUCAGAAGGAUCCUCCUACCUCUUGCAGCGCUGGUCCUGUUGCUGAGGACAUGUUUCAUUGGCAAGCUACCAUUAUGGGUCCUCCAGAUAGUCCAUAUGCAGGCGGUGUUUUCCUAGUUACCAUUCAUUUUCCUCCAGAUUAUCCUUUCAAGCCUCCUAAGGUAGCUUUCAGGACAAAAGUUUUCCACCCAAAUAUUAACAGCAACGGGAGCAUAUGCCUAGAUAUAUUGAAGGAGCAGUGGAGCCCUGCACUAACCAUUUCCAAGGUGUUGCUCUCGAUUUGUUCUUUGUUGACGGACCCAAACCCUGAUGACCCGUUGGUGCCUGAGAUUGCCCAUAUGUACAAAACGGACAGGACCAAGUAUGAGACCACUGCAAGGAGCUGGACCCAGAAAUACGCCAUGGGAUGAUGCUGCUGUUUUGGUAUCAUUAUGGUCUUACAUUUAUUUAACUAUGUUUUUCUUUUCCUUUCUCAAAAAAUUUAUAAUUGUAAGUGUGAAAUAGUCUAAUCGGUCUUUCAAGUCCUAAAUUUGGACGUAGUCGGAGAAAGGGAAGACACAUGUUGCUUUCAAAGUGUUGUAUAUUUAUUGAACUUGAAAAACAUUUACAUCUAAUAGUAUCUCGUGGGUGUUGUCCCAAUUUCUUCU